AGCUAACAAACACUGAACAGUGAAGUUCAUAGUGUUAAAUUUACUGAAUAUAAAGAACAACGAAACAUAAUAAAAGAAGCUAGAAAGUUAGUUUAUAAUCUCCAAGUAAGGAAAACCACAAGCAUAAAACAGCUGUGUGUAACUAACUUGUUAAAUAAUUGUCAUAUAUCAGAUUUUUGAGAAGAUUACGCGGAUUAAGAUUAUAGGAUUAACAUUAGCAGAUUAGGUUCAACAAGAGGGAUUACUAACUAAGAGUGGAUUUACAAAUAUAAUCCCACUCAAGAAGCAAGAAUAACUGAAUAGGUUAACAUGGGUAAUGAACGAAAAGAUCGAGAUGCAAACAAAGAUGACAAAAAUAACAACAAAAAUACUGAACAAGAGAAAACUGAGUCAAUCGAUGAGGCUUCAGAAGACGACGCGCCUCUCCCCCCAGUGUACAUUCCACCCCCCAAGAUUGCAUUCUCAGGGGUGCUGCAGAGUCACAUGGCUAGGGCAGAUACUGAUCGGACCGUAAUUUAUGAUAAAGUGAACGUCAACUUAGGCGAUUGUUAUGACGUCUCAACAGGUAUCUUCACAGUUCCGAUAGAUGGUACAUACCGCGUGGAAAUGAAUGGGGUGAGCUACACAAAUCAAGAUGUAAGCAUUCGCUUGAAGAAAUCCUUUCUUAUGACAGAGCCAGAGGAGCCAGAGAUAGACACUUUGGCAAAAUCUCAAGAAUUAUCCCCAAAGAAAGAACAAAGAAAAGAUGGUGGGAAAGAAAAGGACUCAAAAACAAAAACAGAGACUGGAAAGUCCACCAUAAUCAAGGAACCUCCAAAAGAAAUCGUUGAAAAUGAGAUACCCCCUGAACCUGAGUUCAAAUGCGAAGUGCUAUUGUGCACCUUUGGUGCAGUAGUACGUCCAAGUGGUCAUGGGUCAGCCAGUAAUUCCGGCUUGUUCCAUUUUACAGAGGGUGACAAGUUGUCUGUUGAGCUACCUAGAUUCUAUGGUUUGCAUGGUGACCCCCUACACCCCUAUUCCACAUUUAAUGUAUACAUGAUGUACCCAGAUGAAGAUGUUGUCAUGGUUACUGGGCCCCCUAACGACGACGAUGACUAAAUAACAGUCUAAAACAUUUAUAUAAGCUCUGUGUCACAAACUAGAAAAUAAUAUGUAUACUGCACUGCACAUAUGAAGGUAGUAGCUUUAAACAAGGCACUGCCAUUCAAAAAUAAACAUGUUCAAUAAAUUGUAAAUACUACAUGAGAGACACCUAUAAUGCAACUGGUGAUCGUUCAUCAUUAAUUCAUGGCAAUAAAAUAUUUUUAUUAUAUACAUA